AUGGAAUUCAUCAUCACCAAUUAUGAAAAUUUCAUUCCAAAAUUGAAGAUAGCAGUUCUUGUGGUUGGAACAAGAGGAGAUGUUCAACCUUUUCUUGCUAUGUCAAAGAAACUACAGGAGUUUGGUCAUCAUGUUAGGUUGGCAACACAUGUAAACUUCCAAUCUUUUGUAGAAUCGGCUGGUGUAGACUUUUAUCCUUUGGGUGGUGAUGCUCGUAUCUUGGCAGCAUAUAUGGCAAGAAAUAAAGCAUGCAUAGAACCGGAUCAAAAAACCAACCAACCUUUUCGAGCUCAGGCAAUCAUUGCAAAUCCUCCAGCAUGUGGACAUGCACACGUUGCUGAAGCUCUUGGUAUACCUCUUCACAUUUUCUUCACAAUGCCUUGGACGCCAACAUCUGAGUUCCCUUCCCCCUUUGCACCUGUUGCUCAAAGUGUUGGUAAUUGGCUAUCGUAUAUAAAUGUAGAUAUUUUUAUUUGGUGGGGCAUAAGAGGAUAUCUAAACGACAUCAAAAGGAAGUUGACACUUGUCCCUCAGACUACUGGUAACUGGCUCUCAUAUAUAGUUGUAGAUCAUAUCAUUUGGUGGGGCAUAAGAGGAUAUAUAAACGAGUUUAGAAAGAAGUCGAAUCUUACUCCUAUUUCUUACUUAAGCAUGUAUCGUGAUUCAAUAUCUCAUUUCCCGACCGGAUACAUGUGGAGUCCUCAGGUUGUACCAAAACCAAGUGAUUGGGGUCCGUUGGUUGAUGUUGUUGGUUAUUGUUUCUUGAAUAUUGGUUCCGAGUAUCAACCACCCAUAGAAUUCACACGAUGGAUUGGAAAAGGAACAAGUCCGAUAUAUAUUGGGUUUGGAAGCAUGCCUAUUGAGAAUUCAAAAAGAACUACGAAUAUCAUUUUGGAGGCUUUGAAAAAAACGGGGCAAAGGGGAAUAAUUGACCAAGGCUGGGGAAAUCUUGGGACAUUUUCCAAAAUUUCAGAUGAUAUUUUUCUUAUAGUGGAUUACCCGCAUGAUUGGUUGUUCCCUCAGUGUGCAGCUGUGGUUCAUCAUGGAGGCGCUGGGACGACUGCAACAGGAUUGAGAGCUGGGUGUCCUACAACCAUCGUUCCUUUCUUUGGAGAUCAAUAUUUUUGGGGAGAUAGAAUAUAUAAUAGAGGACUGGGGCCCACUCCAAUUCCAAUAUCUCAACUUACAGUUGAAGCACUUUCAGAUGCGAUAAAUUUCAUGCUACAACCCGAGGUGAAAGCUCGAGCAAUGGAUUUAGCGAAGCUAAUAGAGAAUGAAGAUGGUGUUACUAAUGCCGUGAAUGCAUUCCACCGCCACUUGCCGCCAGAUAUGCUGUUGUCGCCACCUCCAUCUUAA